AUGCAGGCAAUACAGAAAUCAAUAAAAGUAAUAUCUACACGCCAUCCUUUCGAAAGACUAUUAUCAGCAUAUCGGGACAAGUUUGAAAGACCUAACAGAAGUUAUUACUACAGAAAGUAUGGCAAUCACAUUAUUUCAAGCUAUCAAAAUGAACGAACAGGAAUAAAUUCAGUAAAGCAGCCAACAUUUAGUCAAUUUCUAAAAUUUAUCAUAAGUGAGAAAAACUUUGAUGAGCAUUGGAGACCUUAUUACAUCGAAUGCGAUCCUUGUGGCAUAGAAUAUGAUUAUAUACUGAAGAUGGAUAAUUUACACAUUGAGGAAAAGUACUUAUUCAAAGUUUUGAAUAUAUCAAGAACUAUUAAAAAUAAUAGGGAUGUUGAUAACAUUAAUCCAAAUGGCCGUACAGAUCAGUAUAUAUCUAAACAAUAUUUUAGUAAGGUUAAAGAACAUUUGUUACGAGAUAUUUAUAAACUUUAUGAAAAAGAUUUUUUAAUUUUUGGGUAUUCACCGAAUUGGUACUACGACUUGAGUAUAAAAUGA